UAAAAAAUUCAAAUCCAAAUAAAAUUUUUGUUUCGAAAUGGUCAUACGACUUCUCGGUCAUAAGACUCCAUCCAAAACACUUGAAUUUAUUUAAUUUGCAUUAAAAAUAUCCUCAUGUUUUGUUAACUACUCCACGUGUUUCACUCCAAUGUCUACAGAUGCUUCAAACCCACAAAAAGAACCGGAAUUAUCUGGAAACUGGAAGAUAUUUAUUGUAGAUUGAGCAUUUGUACUCCAAAUUGCAAAUAUGGCUAAAAAUAUUUAGGCGUCACAGAUGGAUAAAUUUUUUUAUCACUUGAACUAACAAGAUGAUUGGUAAUUCGAAAAAUUCGGGAAGAACAUCCAAAACGCGCGAAUAUUUUGUAAAAGCUUGUGUUGCAACAGAUGUUCUCGCUGGAGCUUUGUUAGAACAAAAGAUGCUGAAGCGUCACGGCGUCACAAGACUGGGAUGGAUGAUGAAAUGUCUCCGGAUGGGGUGUAUAAAAGCCCCGAGGAAAUUGAGGGAAGUCAUCAGUUUAGCAAGUCUCAAGCUAAAGGAAAUAACCAGUAAAAAUGCGUUUCAUCAUUGUUGCUCUGUCGGUCGCUUUGGUGUUCUCACCAGCUUAUGCGAAGCCAGGUCUCUUUGAUUUCAUUGGAGAUGUUGUUACUGGAAUCGGAAAUGCUGUUACCUCAGCCACCCAAGCUUUCACUGACGGCAUCACUAAGGCCAUGCAAGGCGCUACCCAGGCUCUUCAGAGCGCUCUGAAGGCAGUACAGGGUGGUGUACAGGCUCUCGCCAAUGGUACAGGACAAGUUGCCAAUGCUGUUGCCGAUUCAACUGGAAAGAUCACCGCCACCAUUGCUGAUGCUGCUGGAAACACCGUGAACGUUGUCGUAGAUGCUACCGGAAAAUUGAUCCAGGCUGGCGGACAAGUUGUGACCAGUGUUGUACAGAUUCCCGCUGAUGCCCUUAAGGCUCUCCAGCAAGCUGCCCAGCAGACUGCCCAACAGGCUCAGCAAGCUGCUCAGCAAGCUACUAAUACUGCUGCUGGUGCUGCCCAACAAGCCGCUGGUGCUGCUCAACAAGCCGCUGGUACUGCUGCUGGUGCUGCUCAACAAGCCGCUGGUACUGCUGCUGGUGCUGCUCAACAAGCCGCUGGUACUGCUGCUGGUGCUGCUCAGCAAGCCGCUGGUGCUGCUCAACAAACUGCUCAGCAAGCUACUGAUGCUGCUACUGGUGCUGCUCAGCAAGCCGCUGGUACUGCACAGCAAGCCGCUGGUACUGCUGCUGCUGCUGUUCAACCUACAACCACCGCCUAAGCGCCAUUUUUGUUGUCCAGGCUUAUAUUUUAGUCUGAAUAACUUCGGAAAAUAACGAUGUCGACCUAAAAAGCAAUUCUAAAAUUCAAUUAUAAUUAUAUUCAGUUGCAAGCAUUAAA